AUGUUCAUUGACCUAAUGCGCGUUGAUAAAUCUGGAAUUUUGAAACGAGCAGCUGCGAGCAAUGAUGCUUCUGAGGUUCGCAAUGCGCCUUCCCGUCAGGGUAAAGAGGCUUUGCGACAGGAGGAACAAUAUGCAAAUUACAAUAGUAGCAAUUUAAAAGUGUCUCCUGACUCGGCGCAUUUGGGAUCACAAAAACGGUUGGAAUUCGUCGCAAGCUGCAGUAGAUGCAUUCAGUGA